AUGACCGGUGAAAUGGAUGCUAAAAUGAAAUUAAAACGUUAUUGCUAUCUGGGCGGAUUUGAACCGGUGUAUGUCCACUUGAGAGGAUCGCUGUCUGUGGAAAAAUAUUGGCCUUUGGUUUCCGAACUGAUCAAAGGUUUAGAUGAUAGCGUAAUGUUACCAUUUUUCAAGGACAUCUUAAAUGAUCACACACUUAUACGACGUGAUGAGAUACUUUUUGUGUAUGCCUCAUAUUUGGCCGCCGAUAUUGACAUCAAAUGGAAAACAGCAAUGCGUAUAGCAUUCCCUGCACUCGUACACAGCGAUGACGAUCUAUUUCUCUUUUGCAAAUACGCACUACACAUUGCUAAAUUAGAAAAUCACAAAGGAUUUUCAAGAACAGUGCGCAAAGCAAUUACAGCGUGGUAUGAAAUGCGUACCCCCGAAGCCAUACGAACAAUGUGGAUGUGUCAUCGUGGUUUACAUGGAUUAACACAUAAAGCUCUGAUUAAAUUAUGUCAUAUCUCAGAUGGUACAAUUGGCUCACCAGAAGUGUCGACAUUGUUCUUUAAAACUUGCACUGAAUUGAUAAAUGAAUCGGAACAACAAACAGAGACGACAAAAACAAAUGGUGAAACAACAAAGGCAGCAGCUGAAGAAGAAGGAACAUCAGAAAAGCCAACAACAGUAUUAGGCACCACCGACUCGAAUGCUAAUGAAACAAAAGUAAAUGAUUUGAAUGCACAGCCGAAUGUUGCUGUCCCCAAACCAGCUGCCUCUGCAUCAGAUUUAUGUAUGGCCGUAUCAAAGUUACGCAUCACCAAAAAGAAUCAUGAUGCUUUGAAAAUUAUUCGCAAAUAUAAACUGCCGUACCAUCAAGUUCCUGGACACUUUUUGAGUUAUGCCCCCAUUAUGGCUCAGCUGUUACCCAGCAUGCCAUAUAUUCAGGUAUUAAAGUGUUGGCGUCGUAUGGCUAAACAUAAACAUUUUGAAAAUCAACGCAUCUUCAAGUUGUGCAAAUCUCGCUUGGAGAACAAGGAAUUGGCACGCAAGACCAACAUUCAUCCGGUACAGAUUUUGAUAAAUAUGCACGAUAUUGGUAUAGUUAGCGGAGAUCUAACUAAAUUACCCAAUAAAAAAGUGGAAUCAUAUAAAAUGCAAUAUUUGGAUCAAUUGUAUCGUGACUCAUUCCAAUGGCAAUCGGGUUGCGGAAAGCUUCGUAUGCAUAUUACAUUGAAUUUGCAAAGCAAUUAUAAGAAGAAAUUCUUAAAGAAUCAUCGCAAAUUGACCUACUACGAUGCUUGCUUGGCUCUUGCCUUUGGCUAUUCGAAGCGUGAGGCAUUGGUGGAUGUUUUCCAUUGGUAUGAGGAUAAAAUGAAAUUGAAAAAGAUUAUCUACGAUAAGAAUGCGACAACACAUUUGGGUUUUACUGCAUACGAUGUGGUUGAGAAUCAAAAGAACAAUCAACGUUUAGUCACCCCUAUUUUGAAUGCUAUGUCAAGCCAACAAGUUUAUGAUGUAUUUUUGUGUAUUGUUCCAACGGCUGGCCGUUGCAAUCCAAAUAAAAAUUCCGAAUUUUUAUGCAAAUUUUUGGAUAAAUAUCGUCAAACGAAAAAUUCCAAAGCAAAGUUCAUCAUAUUGGAUUUACUAAGAUUCAAACCAUCUAUGACAUAUUCUCAAACACGUAAUGAAAACAUAUUGGAAAUUUGUGGUUUAGAUGAGCAUACACCGGAACUAAUACAUAAUUUUGCAACCCAUCGUUUUGAAUAA